CUUCAACCUGCCUGGUCUCGUGGUCGCUCGCGUGUUCCUGGGUAUUUUUGAAGCUGGGUUCGGACCCAUGAUCCCGGUCUACUUUUGUAUGUCGCGCGGCUGGGUGAUCCGCAUUCCGUCGACUGACGCGUGUGCUGCAGCGUUCUUCUAUACCAAGGAGGAGAUGGGUGUUCGGGUGAGUUAUCGUCGGGUGGCACACCGUGGGCGUUCCUGACCGCAAGUCUGGCAGAUGGCCUACUGGUUCGGCUUCGCCGCGGUGGCCGGCGCGUUCGGCGGUCUGAUCGCGUUCGGCGUGUCUCAUGCGCAUGCGGCCCUCCACAACUGGCGCCUAUUGUUUAUCAUCGAGGGUCUUCCCCCGCUUGUUCUGGCGGUUGUG